UUCAGACCUUUGGUACUUUUUGCAUUCUUUUGAACCCGUCAACGAGUCCUUAUCAAUGGUUAUAAGAAAAAAACUGUUUUUUUCUUUUUCGUUCGGGCGCACUUGUUUCCUUUUAAACUUUCUUCGUAUAAUUUCUUUCUGGGACCACACAAUUGACCUAAUCCAAGUGACCAGUUCAAAAUCUUACCGGCCGCUCAAAGGACAAUUAUGUAACUCAGCUUCUGAACCAAAAUAUGUAAUAAUAUCGGCAAGUACAAAACCGGCUCAACUUAUUUAGUCAUGCAUGCCUUAAGUAACAACAAUGUGCUUCAAUGAAAAAAUGGAUACCCUCGGAAUUAUUUCCAAGCCUUUUUCCCUCGUACUACUAAUUGUUUUCUCCUUGCAUGUAGUGCCAAGUUUGUGUUUCACGUCUUUUGUAUUCGGGGACUCCUUGGUUGAUGCGGGAAACAAUGAUUAUCUGUUCACCCUCUCAAAGGCUGAUUCCCCUCCUUAUGGCAUCGACUUCAAGCCUUCGGGUGGGCAACCUACCGGAAGAUUUACCAAUGGUCGAACAAUAGCUGACAUUAUAGGUCAAGCUCUCGGAGCCAAAUCCUUUCCACCACCUUACCUUGCCCCAAACACUCAAGCAGAGGUGAUUCUCAGGGGAAUGAAUUAUGCUUCUGGGGCUUCGGGAAUUAUGGAUGAAACAGGGUUUUUCUUUAUUGGAAGAAUUCCACUUGGGGAACAAGUGAACUAUUUCGAGCAAAAUAGAAAUUUCAUGGUGAAUGCGAUGGGUGAAAAUCGCACCAAGGAAUUUUUAAAGAAGGCAAUCUUCUCUCUCACAAGUGGGUCCAAUGAUAUAUUGAACUAUGUCCAACCAUCGAUACCAUUUCUGGGACAUGACAAGGUCUUCCCUACAACUUUCCUAGAUUUCAUGAUCUCCAACUUGACCAUUCAACUUAAGCGAUUGCAUGAGUUGGGGGCCAGGAAGUUGGUUGUUGUUGGUGUUGGGCCACUUGGUUGCAUACCUUUUGUUCGAGCAUUCAAGCUAUUGCCAAGCGGAAAAUGCUCGGGUGAGGUGAAUGCGUUGAUCCAGCGCUACAAUGAGAAAUUAAAAGAGCUUUUGAAUCGUUUAAAUCAAGAGAUGGGACCGGAAGCAAUCUUUGUAUUCGGAAACUCCUACCAUGUUUUCAUGAACAUCAUUGCUAACUAUCGCCAAUUUGGUUUUGAGAAUGCUGAUGAACCAUGUUGUGGAGGGUAUUUUCCACCAUUCAUUUGCUUUAAGAGCCGAGAUGCAAACACAAGCGCUUCAGCUUUGUGUGAGGAUCGAUCCAAGUAUGUGUUUUGGGAUGCAUAUCACCCCACCGAAGCUGCAAAUCUUAUAAUCGCAAAACAGUUACUAUAUGGAGAUGAAAGCAGUAGCUCCCCAAUCAAUAUUCACAAGCUUUACAGCGACAAUUCCUAGUGACCUGCUGAUAAAUUAGUCGUCUUGAUGAGCAUAAAUUAAGAUUGACAAUAUUGUAAAAUAAUUGAAACUUUUUAUGCAUGUAUUUAAUGCUCGAAGACUGAUGUUUGAC